GCGUGACAUGUCGUCGUGUUUUAUGAAGGGCUCUGGAGAUGCCUCGCGACGAUAUGUCCCCUCUCUGGUCCGAGCUAUUUUCAGCGCGAGCGCGUCACGAUGCCGUCCAGCAAACUUCAUCUGGAGUGAAUGAAGAAUACGCGCACACCUCCGGGAUUAUAGCUCAUGCGUUAUCAUGAAUUGAGGCAGGUGCACAACUUCAAACGAUGAAUUCUGCGAGAGCUAAACUGAGUGAUCUACCUCGCUCGGCUGAUGUCCUUAUUCUUGUAUGAGAGGUUAUUCGUUCAUCCUCGUCUGCCCGAUCAUCACUUCUCCACUCUCAUCCCGCAGCUUUCCUCUUUUCAUCUGAGCGUCCGUCUCAAAUGGAAAUCUGAAGUGCUCCACUUUCGCAGUUUCUCACCUUUCAAAGAAAAAGCUGCAGGGCGGCCCUCGUGGCCGGGAUGCCACUGUGUACCCUGCCAGUCGGCGGUGGAUCCUGAGGGGCAGGAGCUGCCCACCCAGUGCAGGGGGCAGAGGAGCAAGCACCCUGACCUCGACAUGAAUCUCUGCUGGAACGAGAUCAAACGCAAAUCCCACAACAUAAGGGUACGGCUGGAGGCCUUUUCGGACAACAGCGGGAAGCUCCAGCUGUCCCUACAGGAGAUCAUCGAAUGGCUGACGGCUAAAGACGAGGAGCUGUCCGAGCAGCUGCCCAUAGGUGGUGAUGUGGGAGCGGUGCAGCACCAGCGGGAGUUCCACCAGGCUUUCAUGGAAGAUGUCAAAUCCAGAGGGCCCUACAUCUACUCGGUGUUGGAAUCAGCUCAGACCUUCCUGGCACAACAUCCAUUCCAGGAGCCUGAGGAGACUUUGCCUGAUGGCAAAGAAGUUUCUCCUCGCCGGCGAAUGCUGAAUGUAAGUCGCUCCGUGUGGAAGCAGGCCAAUGUGGCCAGUGACUUGUGGGAGAAGUUGACGGCACGCUGCGUGGACCGACACCGGCACAUGGAGCGAACCCUGGAGAGGCUGCUGCAGAUCCAGGCCGCCAUGGAGGAGCUGGCUGUGGCUCUGGAGCAGGCGGAGGGAGUAAGGGACGCCUGGGAGCCUGUGGGAGACCUGUUUAUUGAUUCGCUGCAGGACCAUAUAGACGCUACCAAGCUAUUUAAAGAAGAGCUGACCCAGGUGAAGGAAGGAAUGAAACACAUAAAUGACCUGGCCCACCAGCUGGCCAUAUCUGAUGUGCACUUGUCCAUGGAGAACGCCAGAGCUCUGGAGCACCUCAACAACAGAUGGAAACUUCUGCAGGGGUCUAUUGAAGAACGUCUGAAACAGUUGCAAGAUGCCCACAGAGACUUUGGCCCUGGAUCACAGCACUUUCUUUCCAGCUCUGUCCAGAUUCCUUGGGAACGUGCCAUAUCCCCCAACAAAGUGCCAUACUACAUCAACCAUCAGGCUCAGACAACCUGCUGGGACCAUCCAAAGAUGACUGAAUUAUACCAAGCUCUGGCGGACCUGAACAAUAUCAAGUUCUCUGCAUAUCGGACGGCCAUGAAGCUGAGGCAUGCACAGAAGGCUUUAAGAUUAGACCUUCUGAAAUUAAGCAGCGUGGUGGACGUGUUUCGAGAACAGGAGCUGCAGCAUGCCGAGCACGUGAUGGAUGUGGUCGAUGUCAUCCACGCUCUCACUUCCCUGUAUGAGAAACUAGAAGAGGAGAGGUCCGUCCUGAUCAAUAUCCCCCUGUGCGUCGACAUGUGUCUCAACUGGCUGCUGAAUGUUUACGACAGUGGUCGUAAUGGUAAGAUGCGAGUGCUCUCCUUCAAGACGGGCCUGGUUAUUCUAUGCAAUGCAGACAUCCAGGAAAAGUAUAAAUACCUUUUCAGACAGGUGUGUGGUCCAGGCGGACUGACAGAUCAGAAACAUCUCAGCCUGUUACUGCACGAGGCUAUUCAGAUCCCUCGGCAGCUCGGGGAGGUGGCGGCGUUUGGAGGAAGCAACGUGGAGCCCAGUGUCCGCAGCUGCUUUCGAAUGGCUCCAGGUAAAUCAGCAAUCGAGGUGUCUCACUUUCUGGAGUGGAUGAGCUUAGAGCCUCAGUCGGUGGUGUGGCUUCCUGUUCUACACCGGGUAACUGUGGCCGAGACCGCCAAGCACCAGGCACGCUGCUACAUCUGUAAGCAGUGCCCUAUCAAGGGCUUCAGAUACCGAAGUCUAAAACAGUUCAAUGUGGACAUCUGCCAGACAUGUUUCCUGACGGGCCGUACUACCAAGGGCAAGAAACUACACUACCCCAUCAUGGAGUACUACACCCCGACGACCUCAGGCGAGAAGAUGCGGGACUUCGCGAAGACACUAAAGAACAAGUUCCGCUCGAAGCAGUAUUUUAGUAAACACCCUCAGAGGGGAUACCUGCCAGUUCAAUCAGUACUGGAGGUGGAGAGCUCUGAGACCUCAUCAGGCUGGGAGGCCAUCUGGCUGCUCAGGCCCUGCUCAUCUCCCAGGCUGCCUCAUGCGGACACACACAGCCGGAUCGAGCAUUUUGCAAGCAGGUUGGCAGAAAUGGAGAACCAGAGCUGUUCCUUUUUCACUGACAGUCUCUCUCCAGAUGAAAGUUUGGAUGAAGAUCAGUACCUCCUACGUCACUCCAGCCCCGCCCUCGAGCAGGACUCCCCCCAUGGCCACCUGCUGGCCCACCUGGACUGCCAGGACCGAGAAGAGCUGCAGUGCACCCUCCAACGCCUGGAGAACGAGAACAGGGUGCUGCAGGGCGAAUAUCGGCGGCUGAAGUGGAAGCAUGAAGAGGCAGCAGCUUCACCCCAGCUGCUGGAGUCGGGUCCCGGUUCACCGGCCGGACAGCAGGACGAGGAGCUCCUAGCCGAGGCUCGAGUCCUUCGACAGCACAAGACCCGUCUGGAGACGCGCAUGCAGAUUCUAGAGGACCACAACAAGCAACUGGAGUCCCAGCUACACAGACUCAGAGAACUACUGCUGCAGCCCAAAGACGACUCGGAGGCCAAUGGCUCGGCUCCUUCUUCUCUAUCAUCUCCUGUGUCAGGGGGUGGCCACCAGGGGGAGCCUCCCAGUAGAGAGACCACGGACACCGAAGCUGCAGGUGAAGAUCUGGAUCAUGAGCAGGACACCGUACUGCAGCUGCAGCAGGUGAUCGAACAGCUGAGGAACGUCUUCCCGUCUGAGCCAGGUCCAUGAGGAACCGGAAGCAAAACUCCCAGGCCUAUAAUUGUGCAGGUUUCUAUUGAUCUGUCUAGAUGAUGUAACACCCUUCUUAAAUUGUUCAAGCGUCGUGUUGCUCAUCUUACUGUGGGCAGGGUCUUGAGAACGCGGGGCUGGCGAAUCCAUGGACAGACGAGGCGGCAGGGAGAAGAGUUUCAAGACAAACUUCUCAGCCUGGGGCCAUUUGCCAAUCCCAAAGAGCUGUGGGAUAUCUGAGUGCUAACUAAACAAACUAAUGUUUACAUGGUGCCAAAGGCCUGCUCUGAUCCGGACACUGUGCUAACCCGUGUAGUAAUGCAAAGUGUGUGGCUUCAUCAGUACAGCACAAGAACCACAAACAGGACUUACAGUUCACCACGCAGAAGGGGGAUCUCACCUUGUGCCAGCAACUGCUGUGUACUCUUUUUUUCCGUUUUGAAAAUGGUUUAUUAUUUUCUGUGACUCACUUAUGCACAUAAAUACAGAUAUACACAUAUACCGAUUGUAAGUCAUGCUUGGCAAUGCGUGGCCCUUGUUCUGUGAAGCAGAAAAGAGCAGAUUCCCUUGAACUGUUGGGACACACAGCAAGCUUACAUUUACACUGUAAGAACGACACGUCUUCUGUUGAGGCUAUCAUUUAUUUAUAUGCCAAAGUGCCCAUGAGCAUUAUGCUCCUGCCCUUAUAUUCUUUCUCUCUUUCAAAUAAUAAAUGCAUUUGUACACAGACACACACUGCAAAAAUCAUUUUCUUGGUCAGUAUUUUUGCUUUGUUUUAAUCACAAAUAAUACAAACAACUUUCAAACAACAUUCAAAAGUUUGAUCCAGUAAAAUAUUUCUCUUAAUCUCUGUUCAUUAAAUAAUCAUCUAAUUAUUAAACAGCACAACUGUUUUCAGAACUGAUAAUAAGAAACUUGUCUUGAACGCUAAAUAUGCAUAUUAGAAUGAUUUCUAAAAAGGAUCAUGUGAUGUGACAAUGAAAACUGUAGUAAAUAGCUGCUUAAAAAUUCAUUCAUCAUUUAAUUUUAAAUAAAUAGUCAUGUUAGUUUGUAAUAAUAUUUUACAGUUACUGUUUAUUCAAUAAAUUCAUGGUCAGGAUAAGAGGUCAGGAAAAAAAACAUAGAAAACAUCUUACCAAUGCCAAACUCUUCAAAGCAAGAGUGUAUUUAUUAUAGUGUGUAACAGAGAGCAGCUUAUGUUUCCUAAUUAAACUGGCAAAAAUGGAUUUCUUCAUCUCAACAUAUGCCGUUAUUUUAUUUAUUUUUUUUUUUUUUAAACCAAGGUGAGUUUCAAUUAGUUUCAGUGGUAACAUAAAUUAUUCAAUGAAUGUUGUCAGUUGAGCACAACUUUUAUUGAAUCCAAAACAUUUCUAACUAAAUAUAGUGAGAUUUAUGCUUAAACCAAGGAGGGGAAAAAAUUCAUUAAAAAUGUAUUGACUGAGAUCACAUGUAAUCCUAAAACUGCUUCUCAGAUAAAUGUAUCUUGUUUUUAAGGAUGUUUAGAUAUUUCCUUUGGAUAACGUGAUAAAAAACCUUGAUUAAUAAAUUGAUUUUUAUUUUUGCAGUGUAGCCACUAGUACAGAAAGCAUUUAUUGAGGAGAUGAGCGGAUUUCUCAGCUGUUGGUUUUCAGGUCACAAGGGAAAGGUCUUUCAGGAAUGGAGAUUUGUUGUGUUGUUUUAUUGUCAGAGCACUCGCCGUUAAAUUACAGCUGUCCAGCGUGGCGUGAACAAGAAGGUAGAUACCAAAUAAGACGAGUCGAUGCCAGGUUCGGCCCUUUUCACCUUGGCUUGGGAAAGUCUUUUACACUCAAGUCACAGCCUGACUCAUUUUAAACCCAACACAGCUCUUAUUAUCCCUUCAGAGCUCCCCCUUAUUUUUUUUUCCCCAAAGAAUACCAGUCUUACAUCUCACUGUAUUAUUGUCGUCUUCCUGAUGUAAGUAUUUUGUUUACCAAAUGCUGUUCUCCAGAUCUCAGCGUUUCCACAAUCUAAGGAAGAAAAUGAAAGUGAGUGUGUGGAAGGAUUAUUUUACAUUAUGCCGAAGGAGGAGGACGGCAAAUGUAUCACGCUCUUUGUAAACAGAGAAAGAGGGCUUUUUUUUUUUUUUUUUUUUCGUGGAGUGAUUUACUGUGGGGUGUCAGAUUUAUAUGAGCAGAGAAGAUGUUGGGGGUGUAGUGAGUAGAAAAGAGAAAAAGAUAGUGAGCGGGAAGAGAUACGGUGUGAAGGAAAGACUGCAAAUGGGAAAGAGAAAAGUGUGUAAAUAUUCACUGUGAAGGGUUGUGGCACUGCAGCCCCUGCAAACAGGAUUGAGAUGAUUGCAGCUGAGAGGGAAAGAGCUGUUCUCCAUUUGUUUUGGGAAACGUGUUGCAAGUAUAGCGAUCACUCGCUUUCCCCUUCUCCAGAAAAACACAAAGUGACCCCUGUUGCACUGUAGGUUUUGCUUGAAUCCCACUGCGGCAUCGCUGGCUUUCUUUCGCACGCAUUCUGAUCUCAUUUUACAUCACAGUGGCGAGCUGUCUGUUUGUUUUGAUGUGGUUGCUAAGGAACUGUCCCCAAGGACACGGUGCUGCAGUUGGUCUUUAGAAAGGUGGGGUGACUUCAUAAUGGAGGAGAUACAAAUAAACAUAUGGAGGAAGAGAGAGGGGUACAUUCGGGUCCCCUCCGCCCCAUAUGCCUGCCACUGUUUAACUUGCAUGGCUCCUCAUUAAGAUCAACAUCUGGUGUUCUAUCCACAGCGACAUCCAUUUAUCAUUCCAGUGCUUCUUCGGGACAAAAGCACCGCACACAUGCAGACGCACACAUUGAAGUAUGCGCAUUGCGAUUCGGUGUCUUUCUCCAGCUCCCUUUCUGUUCCACGCCAAACAGUCUCAGCUGAUCCAGGGCUGUAAAUGUGUGGAUUGUCUGAAGCUCAUUUCAACACUUUUUUUUUUCCCAGUAUAACAUCCAAACAUCUUUAAAACAAGAUACAUUUACUAAAUUUAAUAUUAUGAUUUAUUUUUAGAGAUAGGCCUAUACUUUACAAUUAAGUUCUUUUUUUUAACCCAAUCUUUUUGAAAGUAUAUUUGACAUCUUAAGUAAAAUAGCUUAAAUUUGAAGUUUCUUUUUCUUAAUAAAUUUCCAAAUCGUAUAAAUAAUCUCCAAUUGGGUAAGAAUAAAGAAUGAUUCAAUAUAUUCUCUGAAAAGAAUAAACUGUUUUUCAAAUAAGUGAAUCGUGUCUUAAGCAUAUUUAGAUAUUUCUAAUAGAAAGCGAGAGAAAAUGCUGAUUAAGAAAAUGACUUUUAAGCCUGUAGAAAGGGAGAUGACUUGUUAAACUUUUUUUGUUGUUGUUGCAAAUUAUGAUAUAUAGAGCUUCAACAUGGUAGCAAAUCAUGUAGCAUUAUGUAAUACAUGGCAAUUCUUCUAUUUGCAAAAUAUAAUAAUUCUCCAUUCUGGCAUAUAUGUAUAUCUACUAUUCCUUAAUAUGAUCUUUUUAACUCAUAAUUGCUCCCUUGUCUACUUUUAGAAAAUGAUAUGUGCUGCAUUUGUGAAAUGUUUUCAAUUACAGAAGGAAAUAUUUUGUGGAUUUGACCGCAUUGAUAAGGGCUGCCUGAGCUAUAUUUAGCCAUCUGCCUCAUUAACAAAUACGCUCAUUAUUUUUGUUUGUGUGUAGCAGACCUGUGUGUCACGACCCCAAUACGUCUUUGGUUUUGCAGGCUUGUUUGAAAUGUUGAACUACACAACUGGUUUAACCCCUGAACCUGUGGCAUCGCCCAUUACACACCAUGACAAAUGACCUGAAUACAAAUAUUACGUUUUAUUUGUGUCCCUGCAAUAUAUUUGUUCUGUUUUUUUUUUUAUGUUUUGAUUUCCAUGUGCAAUGCAGUUUUAUUUUUAAUUAUUAACCAUAAUAAAUCUUAGAGUCUUAGUUUUUUGUUUUUGUGUUUUUAAUCUGUACAAAAUGUGAAAGGAAGGCAUUUUGAAAACUGAAUGAGUUACUGGCUGCUUUCUACUCAUUGUGUACAAAGAAAUAAAUUUUUAUUUGUUAUA